AAGCGUUGGCUGCUUCUUCUCAAACCUCAUUUUGACAAAUGAAUGACUGAUUCCAGUUUAACUGAUUUUGUAUUGCCAAUCUCGAACUUCAAUUCUCCGAAGUUUCUUAAACAUUUCUGUCGCCUACUGAAGUGAGGAUCGAGAGAUUUAUGUUUUUUUGUAGUUGUGGUGGUGGUAGCUUCAGUUAUGGUAAUGGCUGCUAAUAAACCUCGGAGCGGCAGUUUCUCACGGAAUUUCGGUGCAGCAUCAAGCUCUGUUCCUAGCAUUCCUGGGCUUAAGCAUGGUCCAAACGGGACCAUGUUACUUUCGUCUGGCAUUCCUGACCUCGAUAAGAUUUUGGGUGGUGGACUUGCAUUGGGAAGUUUAGUGGUGGUGACGGAAGAUCCGGAGGCACCACAUCAUAUGUUAUUGUUGAGAAAUUUCAUGUCUCAGGGGCUGGUUCAUCGUCAACCUCUAAUAUAUGCAAGUCCUGCAAGUGAUCCCAGAGGGUUUCUUGGCACCUUGCCUAGUCCCAUGGUGUCCAAGGAUGAGAAAUCGCGUGUGCAUGAGACCGAGCAGGAGAAAGGGCUGAGAAUUGCAUGGCAAUACAAGAAGUAUAUUGGGGAGCAUACUUCAGAGUCUCACAGAGGUGGAAAGUCAGAGUACUGCAAUGACUUUGAUCUGCGGAAACCCCUGGAGAGGCAUUUCUUUAGUGGGAAGCAGAUUGAUUGUGUUAGCCUAAAAGAAUCUGCUGAUCUUGGCGCAUUUCAUGAACGUUGCUCGAGUUUCUUAUCGCAAGCAAAUCAGAACAAUGGGAACAUAACAGGGGGACGUAUUGCUAUUCAGUCACUGUGUUCGCCGCAAUGUGAAUAUUCCAACAGAGAAUGGGAAAUGCUUUCUUUUGUUAGAUCAUUGAAAAGUGUUGUGAGAUUGUCAAAUGCAGUAGCUGUCGUAACAUUUUCACCUUCUCUCGUUUCAACAACCUUCUCAAUAAGGCUGCAACAUUUGGCUGACACAUUAGUUUCCGUGAAAGCAAUUCCAGAUGAAGACAAGGAACUGGCCAAGCUUCUUACAGGAUACCAGGAUAUGGUUGGACUUCUUAGUGUGCACAAAGUUGCACGUUUUAACACACAGGUCCCUGCAAUUCUGGAGACAACCACAUUCUCAAUGAAACUGCAAAAGCGAAGAUCCUUAGUUCUGGAAUGUAUAAACCAAGCACCUGUAGACGGUGCAACUGGAAGCUCUUAUGGUUCUUCUGGUAGUUGUUCUGGGUCUUCUAAAACAGGUUCCUUCGACUUUUAGUUGAUGAUGCGUGUAUCUAUUUAAGAUUAUUGAAUUUUUGGUGUCGGCUGAUGA